AUGCUCGACACUACUUGGCAAAGUCACCGCGGCUACGGCGUCGCCAACUCCCAAUGGUACGUACACGCUGGUCAAGUAGUCGAUGGAUUGUCACUCGGAGUGGUGCCAGCUACCCUCGAGGCGGUCGGGUACAUCGUCCUGACUGUGGGGGCGCUUUUCUUGUUGGGGAGUUUGGUGUAUGUGAUGCGGUACCGGAAGCGCAACGUCGCUUUCGAGCACAACCACUUUAUGUGGGCGGAAACGUUCAAGUCUGCCGUCAUGGUGGCCAUGAGUCCGAUGGUUAAAACGAGCAACAUGACGCCUGUGGACGUCAUCUUAACGGACGAAGGUCGCGAUGCGCAAGCAUCCGUGAUGGAUGCGUUUUCCCUGUGGAAACUCGAGCACAACCUGCUCAAGCUCACCUCGAUGUUGUCCGAGUCGGACGAUAAGCAAGUGUGGCGAGGCUUGUACGACGACGAAGUUGUCGCGGUCAAGAAGCUGCGGCUCCACGCAACGACCGGGCCGUCGUGGGUGAAAUUCGUAAACGAGAUUCAACUCAUGAUGCGGUUUGACUCGCCGCACAUUAUUGCCAUGUACGGGGUGGUCUGGUCGAUCCCGGACGACAACAACAUCCAGCUCGUGUUUGAAUUCAUGGACGGAGGCAACUUGAGAGACUACCUUGCCCAAACACGGCACCGCAGCGUUGAAAUGUGGGGCGAGAAGCUGCGCUAUGCCAUGCAUUUGAUUGAAGCGCUCGUGUGCUUACACGACUCGAGUGUCAUUCACCGAGACGUCAAGUCGAAGCAUGUUCUGCUCAACAGCGCGGGCGACGCCAAGCUGACUGAUUUUGGCUGGUCUCGCGAGUUGGACUUGCAAGUGCUGAUGACCCAAGGCGCGGGAUCUUUUCGUUGGACCGCUCCCGAGAUUCUCGAGGGCAACCAGUACACCGUCGCUGCCGACAUUUACUCGUUCGGGAUGGUCUGUUACGAACUGGACGCGCAUCAAAUCCCUUACGCUACAUCCAUGCGGUCGAAUACGGUCAAGCCGCUCAAUGAGUUUGAAAUUAUUCAUGGAGUUCGCGCGCAGCAACUCAAAGUCGAAUUCGAAAUCGGUUGUCCAGUUGCCGACCUCGCCAGUCGGUGCUUGCAGUUCGACCCAGCAAACCGACCCACCGCUGCUCAAGUCCUGCAGUGGUUGCUGGAACUGCAAUAAACUUAUUAUGCCCGCAACCUUAGUCGUCGUGCCGACCAGCCGAACGCAGAUCUGAUGGCCAGACGGAUUCGGGCCGAC